UGAAUUUUCUCCCUAUUUUAUUAUUUUAAAGAUAUAUGUAUUUCGCGGGAAUGGCAAUUUUGUAAUUUGAGACAUUGGAAGGGCCUCUCCGUUGGUUACGCACCAAGAUAGUUGCUUACAUGACUCUCAUGGCGUGCGUGUGGGGAGAGCGGUUCUGUGAAAAAGCGCAGGAAAAAUUAUUCGAUUCACGAGGAACUGUGAGUGCAGUUUGUGGAUUCAGAGGUCUCUACCAUGAAUGUUAUAACUCCACGCAGAGAGGCGAAAUAAAGAAAUGAAGAUCGUUAUAGCUGAAUGAUUUUCGCUGAAAAUUUCGGGAUGAUCUUGUGAGGAGGUUUCAUUCAAGACAAUGCAUAUUCAUCGAAGACAUUAUUAGUGCAAAUGGUUUCAGUGAGAACUGGCAACUCGAAAUUAAGAUUGCUUAAUUUUCUGGUAUAAUCAAAAUUGUUUCUUGAAGAUUCCACAGUCCAACUUUUGCUGAUUAGGCAAAGGAAAUUUGAAUUUGGUGACUUUCCUGGCCAGAAAUUUGGAAAUUCUGGGGGGUUACGAACAGUGGUGUUGCUAAACACGUUUAGAUUUAAGUAUGUCUUCGUGGGAUAGUCUCGGGGACGUUGCGGGAGUGGCCCAGCUGGUAGGAUUCAAUGCAGUUCAGCUGAUUUCAAUGAUUGUACGAGCAGCAAACACCGCAAGGAUGCACAAGAAGAACUGUAAGCAAUUUGCACAGCAUCUCAAGUUGAUCGGGAACUUACUGGAUCAACUCAAGAUCUCAGAGCUGAAGAAAUAUCCAGAGACUCGAGAGCCUCUAGAGCAGCUGGAGGAUGCCUUAAGAAAAUCAUACAUUUUGAUCAAUAGCUGCCAGGAUCGCAGCUAUCUCUAUUUGUUGGCUAUGGGAUGGAAUGUUGUUUAUCAAUUCAGGAAGGCUCAAAGUGAAAUAGAUAGAUACCUACGGCUUGUCCCUCUGAUUAACCUGGUGGGCAAUGCUCGAGUCAGAGUAAUAGAAAGGCUUGAUGAUAUUGAAAAGCAUCAAUGUGAGUAUACGUUCGAGGAAGAUGACAGAAGGAUUCAGGACGCUAUCCUCAAACCAGAAUCUAUCAAGAACGAUGCUUCGAUAUUGAAAAAAACUCUUUCUCGUUCCUACCCAAACUUGGGCCUCCAUGAUGCGCUUCAAAAGGAAAAUGAAAAACUUCAGCUUGAGUUGCAAGUAUCUCAAUCUAACAUGGAUGUUGGCCAAUGUCAAAUAAUUGAACGAUUAUUUGAUAUCACAGAAGCCUUAUCUGCAAAUUAUUUUAUAGAAAAAGAUUUACAGAAAGGAAUUCCAAUACAACAUGGAUAUAGUUAUUCUGAUGUUGCUGGUGAAACUGCUCAUGCGUAUGGUGGAAACUUUCACAAGAAUAGAGAUGCUAGUACGACAAGAAAGGGCUCAUCAGUUUCAUCAAGACACGAUCCGCUAUCCAGCAAUUGUCAACAUGAAGAAUGGCAUGCUGAUUUGCUUGGUUGUUGUUCACAACCUUAUCUCUGUAUAAAGACAUUUUUCUGUCCUUGUUGGACAUUGUCAAAAGUUGCUUCUGUCGCUACCAACAAGCAUGUCUCUCCAGCAGAUGCAUGUAAUGAGUUGAUGGCAUAUGCUUUGGUGUUCUCAUGCUGUUGUUACACUUGCUGUUUCCGACGAAAACUCCGAAAUAUGCUAAACAUCAAGGGAGGCAUUGUUGAUGAUUUUCUUUCUCACCUUCUGUGUUGCUGCUGUGCACUCGUCCAAGAAUGGCGAGAAAUAGAAAUGCGUUGUGGUCCAGAGAACACAAGAACGAUCCCUCCACCAUUGCAAUACAUGGAAUCCUAGGUGAGAGCUGAAAACAAAAUCCAGUCGCCUUGGAAAGUUAAAAUACUUGAUCGUCUUGCUUCCAUGUAAGUUGUAAAAUAGACAUUGCUUAGUCUCAUUGAUAUUGAUUAACCCCGUGGAAGAGAUUGGCUCUCUUCCUUCUCUAUUCUCCUUUAUACUCUGUACAUGCUACAUAGUGCUACCAAUUCUCUUUAAAAGUGAACAUGUCUUUGUAUAUAAAAGGAGAAAAGGAAUGCGUAGACUGUAUAACAGAUGUUCAUAGCUCAAGGAAUGAUUUGAACUUAAUAUUGUGACUUUGAAUUGGCAAGACAUUUGGGUGUAUAAAUAGAAAAUUACUAAGACAAUUGCUUUC